AUGACUGGGGAGCUUGAAAAGUCGAGACGUCUCUACCAAACGCUGCUGCUCCCAAAUUUUAGCAGCAUAGAGGAGGUGCGCCAGGCGUACAAGGCGUUGGCUCUCAAGUACCAUCCCGACAAAAAUCUCAACGAUCCGUCAGCGGCGGAGAAAUUUCGCGAUGUUCGUGUGGCAUACGAAAUCCUUUCGAGUUUGGAGCGGAAGCAAAAAUAUGACUGCACCCUUCGUUUGCAUCAACCACUGGGCGCCAAUUCAUUUUCGACGGGAAUUCGGACGCCACGGGCCGGGUAUACCUCGGAUUUUGGCUGCAAGUCUUAUACGAUGCCUGGAAACGCAACGAGUAAUAUUUACGAGGAGCUUAAUUCCUACGCGGCACGAAAGGCGGGGGAACGUCAGCGACGGGCCUCUUCCGCCGCCACCCCGCGGGGAGACCGUGCUUCUCAGUACACAAAGGAACAAAAGGAGUUCUUUAGAAAACGAGAAAAGGAACAUCAGGCGAACAUUCGCAAACGGAGAGAACAGGAGAAACGAGAGCAACUUGCGCGCGAUCUAGAGGCUUUGCGUCGAGAACAAGAGAGACGUGAAGAAAUUCUACAACGGUCACAGCAGCUCCGUACAGGGAAUGAAAAUCGUCGAGCAUGUGCGUCCGCUGGAAUUCGGCGUGCCUCUCCUUUUCCUCGUACAGCCUCCGAAAACACGCCGCAAGGGGGGACAAAUAAAGAGGUUCCAAAAAUUUUUUUGGCGCGUGAUAUUCACUCGGCGGCAGUCUUACCGGACACCGUGCGUCCUAUCCCAUCACCGCGUCCCCGACGCCCGUUUUGUGGCGCAAAAGAAGAUCGAGGGGAGCGCCUGCGUCAAGAGAAGGAAAGACAAGCGGAAGUGCGGCGAGCAGAGCAGGAAAAAUAUUUGGAACGGCUGAUGAGACAGCGUAUGCGAGAGGCACGGUUGAAGGAGCGAGAGUUAGAGGCGGUGGAACGCCGCGAACGAGAAAAUUUACGGCGGAUAUUGUUUUUGGAUGAGAAGAGUGAACGGGAACAAUUAGUUGAGCCACAGGAAAAACUGGAACGCCGAAGAAUAUGGAUGGAACACAAAUUGAAUAUAAGAAAUUGUGUACUGCGGUCAGGCCUCCGUAGGACGGUUGAAAAGGAGGAGGCUAAUAGAGAAGUUUUGCUGUCGUUGCAAGAGGAACAAUUUGAGCUUUUGUCUCUGCAAAAGAAGGAGUCGUGGGGUCGUGCUAGCUGCCGAAUGAACGAGAAUUUGUCGUGGAAACAGUUAAAAUCACAUCAUAAAGAAAUACAACAGGUAAUUUUUAUGCGGGAACAAAAAGAAAUUAUGUGCACUUAUUGCAUGGAAUUCGAGGCGUUGCGUUUUACGGAGGACAUGACGUUUGCUCUGAUUGAGGUUCAAAGACAGGAACAUGUAAAUAGACUUCAGUUAAUUAAGGAGUUUCGUGAUUAUUGUCGUGUGCAUUACGGAAUCCUUCAAGAAUUGAUGGAAAAUGGAUUGAUGGAGGGCGCGUUAAUCGUUGAACGGACUCUUCUAAUAAAUGAAGAAGAAUCAGCGCGUGCGCUUCUGUUGCUUGAACUGCAUGAGUGGAGAGAUCGUCAUGCGUUAGAAAAGGAUGAGCUGAGCGAAGUCCUAAAUUUGAUCAAGCAACGUGCAUCUGAGCGACAUGCGAACCAUCUCAAGGAGGUGAAGCAGACGAGACUUGCGGAACGGCGGGCAAAAGAGGCCACUAUUGCAGCGUUGCAGGUUGAAAUUCGGCACCUGCAACGGGCUAUGCGUGCGGCGUCUUUGCCUGUUUCUCCGGGUAGGGAACGGGGUGGCUUUGCUGAGAAUUUGCCGUGCGGUGUGGAGUUUUUAGGGGAGGAGGGCAUUGAUACGGCGGCACGAAGCAGCUUGGAUCUUCGUUGUGGUGCUUUACGUGACAAAGACGCCACCGUCAGCAACGGUGGCAGCCGUCACUGCGGGUCGUGGCAGUAA